AUGACGAGUGGUCCUCAAGGCCAGGAGAAGACCGUCAUUGUCGCUUGUAAUUCAGACCGUUCUCCGGAGGAUAGGAAGCGGAAUGGUAAACAUCCAACAAGGGCAGCCUACCGCAAAGUCCUGUCUCACAAUCUGUGCACAGUGCUGAAAGUUCCGCAUGACCCUGUAGCCCUGGAAGAGCAUUUUCGGGAUGACGAUGAAGGACCUGUCUCCAAUCAGGGCUAUAUGCCAUAUUUAAACAAAUUCAUUUUGGAAAAGGUUCAAGGAAACUUUGACAAGAUUGAGUUUAAUAGGAUGUGUUGGACACUGUGUGUGAAAAAAAAUCUCACCAAAAGCCCCCUGCUCAUCAGUGAAGAAGAUUCCUUUAAAGUGUGGGUGAUUUUCAACUUUUUAUCCGAAGACAAAUACCCAUUAAUUAUUGUGCCUGAAGAGAUUGAAUACCUGCUUAAGAAACUAACGGAAGCAAUGGGGGGAGGCUGGCAACAAGAAGAAUUUGAACAUUACAAAAUCAGCUUUGAUGUUCAUCGAGAUGGCCUUUCUGCAUGGGAAUUAAUUGAACUCAUUGGAAGUGGACAAUUUAGCAAAGGCAUGGAUCGGCAGACAGUGUCAAUGGCAAUUAACGAAGUUUUUAAUGAACUUAUAUUAGAUGUACUGAAACAGGGUUACAUGAUGAAAAAAGGCCAUCGAAGGAAAAACUGGACCGAACGUUGGUUUGUGCUGAAGCCCAACAUCAUUUCUUACUAUGUGAGUGAGGAUCUCAAGGAUAAAAAAGGAGAUAUCCUGCUGGAUGACACUUGCUGUGUCGAGUCCUUACCUGACAAAGAUGGAAAGAAAUGCCUUUUUCUAAUAAAAUGUUUGGAUAAGACGUUUGAAAUCAGUGCCUCAGAUAAGAAGAAGAAACAGGAGUGGAUUCAAGCCAUUCAUUCCACGGUCCACUUGCUGAAGCUGGGCCUUCCGCCCCCCCACAAAGAAGCCCGCCAGCGGCGGAAGGAACUUCGGAAGAAGAUGCUGGCGGAACAGGAGGCGCUGGAGAGGCAGAUGAAGGAGCUCCAGGUGGCCAAUGAGAACAAGCAGCAGGAGCUGGAGCAAGUGAGGAAGAAACUGGAAGAAGCUGCAUUUCGUGCUGCUGAAGAGGAAAAGAAACGCCUUCAGACGCAAGUGGAACUACAGGACAGGUUCAGCCUGGAGCUAGAAAGAGAGAAACUCAUCAGGCAGCAAAUGGAAGAACAGGUUGCCCAGAAGUCAUCUGAACUGGAGCAGUAUUUGCAGAGGGUCCGAGAACUUGAAGACAUGUACCUGAGACUCCAGGAGGCUCUAGAAGAUGAGAGGCAAGCCCGGCAAGACGAGGAGACGGUCAGGAAGCUUCAGGCCAGGCUGCUGGAAGAAGAGUCUUCCAAGAGGGCCGAGCUAGAAAGAUGGCACCAGGAGCAGCAGCAGGCCAUCCAGACCACCGAGGCCGAGAAGCAGGAGCUGGAAAAUGAGCGAGUCCUGAAGGAGCGGGCCCUUCAGGAAGCCAUGGAGCAGCUGGAGCAGCUGGAGCUGGAGAGGAAGCAGGCUUUGGAGCAGUAUGAGGGAGUCAAAAAGAAGCUAGAGAUGGCGGCCAGCAAGACCAGGAGCUGGAAGGACAAGGUGGCCCAGCACGAGGGCCUCAUCCGCCUGAUAGAACCGGGUCCCAAAAAUCCCCAUUUAAUCACAAACUGGGGCCCGGCGGCGUUCACCCAAGCAGAGCUCCAAGAGCGGGAGAAGAGCUGGAAAGACAGAAAGAGCACGGAGUGAGCACGAGGGGCACCUGGAGCCGGAGGGCUGGGGCCAAAGGCAGGGCCGCGGCCAUCCUCUCCCCCUGCCCGGAUGGACACCCCACUUGUUGGUUGGCCCCCCUCCCCUCAGAAGACAGCUUUCCUUUGAACCCCCGCGGAGGGGAGCCGCGUGUUAGACAAUGGACUAGCCUGCCCUGUGUUCCCCUCCACCUUCUUCUGUCCGGGGGCCUUCCUGCCCUCAGCAGGCCAGAAGGGUGACCCGCCCACUUCCCAGUCCUCUUGAUGAGCGGCCCCUGGACCCCGACUCCCCGAUAGCCCCUCCGCAGCCUCGGGCCCGGCGCCAUGCUCCCAUGUUCCCACUAGCGGCUCUGUUGCUCCUUUCCUCCCCCGCGAGUGUUCUCCCUCCAGGCCGGCCACUGGGCUGCGCAGGGGGCAAAGCUGGGGUGGAGAGGAUGGUCUGUGGCAGCCUGGCCUCGCCCCGGCGGCCUGCUGGGUGGUGCCGCGGAGGAUCGGCAGAAGGCUGGACAGUCCGUGUGCCGAGAAGGGGCUGACCUCCCCGGGACCUCGGGGCUGGGCCCGUCCCCAGAAACGAGGCGCCUGACCUACGGGGCCUCCCACAGCUUGGGUAACCCAGCAAGGGGCACCGACGCCUCCAUUCUUCUUCCCGAUGACCAGACAGUCCCGACCUUCUCCCACAGCACUCUGAAGCCUUUCUGUGAAAACCGUCCAAUCCCUUUUUCUUGGAAGAAAAACUCCAUCCCUCUUGGCCAGUCUUCAGGGACUGAACCUCUCCUCGUGGAGCCAGGCUGCUCCCGGGCUUGGAAGCUCUCCAGCAUUCUAGGACAUGCCGGCGCUAGAGCCUCUGAGAACACAGGCUCGUCUUUGUACCAGCUCAAGGCGUUAGAGGAGGGUUUGAGUGGAAUAUUAAUAAUAUUAAACUCUUCCAAAAUGUCAUGCACGCAGAUUUAUAUUAUUUUAGACAAAUGUAGAUAUAGUCGAAAGAGGUAUAAUCCUAUAAGUUACUGUCUCUUAUCCAAGUGAAAAACAUUAACUAGUGAAGUGCCCUUAUGAAUUUUUAAUCAUGUUGCCUUUGACAGGGAACCGCAACAUAAUUUUAUUUAAUGUUCAUCUCUUCGUGCCUUUGUAAACUUUAUUUUCUCAUUUUUUAAAGUUCCUUCUCCUUCAGGUUCUUGAAGAUUUACCGGUGCAGUUGGGUUUCUGCCUCUUCUACCCAGAUAUUUAUCAGUAUUAUUGCUUUGUUUAUUCAAUAAUAUACUUUACAGAUAUGGAACGAGGCCUAAUCCCAGCCUUUUGGAGUCAUCCUAAACCCUUUCAGGAAGAUCUGUGGGUGUGGGAGAGGACGGACAAUUUUCUCUUAAUUCACUUAAAGAUCCCACUGAGGACUGCAAUAAAACAAACAAUUAGAGAGCCAUGGCUUUCCAUAGGAGCAUAAAGGGCCGGAGGACAAGCCGCGGUUCUGCUGCGCCCCCUGCCGAAGUGGCCGGCUCUUCUGAAGCCCACCUCCACGGCUCCCUUGCCGAAAGCCCUUGAAAACCGGCCCUUUGGCCAGCCCGCUUGGGCCUCGCGUUGGUCCCACGUGCUGGAUUCCGAACUUGGUUUCAGCCCUGACCGAGGAGUUCAGGCAUCUUCAGCGAGAUCCGUGUCAGAGAUGUUCAGGGGGACGCCUGCCCUCCGCCCAGGGCACGGGCUUCCCGGCACCCCAAGGAGCCCAGGGGAGACCAGGAGCGAAGGCCGGGAUUUCAGUGAAUUACGGACAGCGUGCAGAGGAGUUAAUUCAAAUCAUCCUUGGAGUAGUCGCAGCAUUCAGAGUUGUGGGACUCCGCCGUGGGCCGUCGGGUUCAAUCCAUACCAGAAAAAGAGAACCCCAACAGGUGGUCCCCCCGAUUUUGCUGAAAUGCCUCUGGUUCCGGGGAGCCCACUGCUUCCUGAGGCAGCCCAGCUCCUUCUUGUUGUGGAGCCUGAAUUUUCUCCUUUGUCCCUGCCCCCACUGUUCCUGCUUCUUUCUUUUGUAUCCAGACUGAAGACUGACUCCUCGGAUCCCUCGGAUCCAUCCCUCUUGUAGCCUCCGGCCACUCACGGCCCUCAUCCAUAUUCCCCAGUUCUGAAAUCAAAUACUAGCGGAUCCUGCGUUCCCUUUGUAAUGGCUACACUGAAGUGACCGGUGGUGUUUGGCCGCUUCGCCCUUCCACUGGGCUCCUAAGCGACUGGCGAGGUGAUUGUUUAAAAGAGAUUUUUAAAAAAAGAUUUUAACUUUUUAAAAUUAAAAUUAAAUUUUAAAUAAAUUUUAAAACAUUUUAAAAGAGAUGUAAAAAAAAUGCCCACCGGUAACAAAAAGGCCCCUGUUGGUUUGUGUGCAGCCCCGAUGCCCCGGGGCGCCACAUGCCAUCAUUUACAAACAAUCCCAUCGUCUCUACACCGUAAGGUCGGGCAAAGCGCCACUUGUUUAACUUUUGCUAAUUUCCUAAAAUAUUUGUGAAGCGUUUUGUAUUAUUUUUUAGGAAAACAGACCAAAUAAGAACAGGGACAAAUAAAUGAAUGCUGCGCCUUUAAAACUGUCCACAUUAAUAAAGCGGCAGGGGAAAGUCCCGUGGAUUUCUUAAUAAAGAAAUGGAUGUACGAGCUCA